AUGUCAGCAGAAGGUAUAAAAAGACCCAUCCAAAUUGAAGAAUUUAAGGUAGCCAUCAGGGAGUUGGGUGAUGGAGAACUACAGCGUGUGCAGGAUGAAAUCAAUAACAAUAUCAGACAUUUGAGUAGGUCUAACAAAAGCUUACUGGCUUAUAUUGCUAAAAUUGAGGGUAAGACUACCAAAGAUGAGAUGGAGGAAUUUGAAGAAUUGGAUAAUGUAGAUGCUGAUGAUCUUGAAUUGUUUAAGGAAUCUUUGACAGAAAAUGAGUUGAUUCUUAAAAAUAAUGAAGAAAGAAUUGACGCAUUAGAACAAGAACAUAUAUUCAGAACAUCAAGAACGGACUCCAAUGUUUGUGGCAUGGGUCCAAGUAUGAAUGAACCGGCACCGACCCCAAAAACAAAUGAACCUACCUCGAUAUACCUAUAA